AUGGCCAGUAGUCUGUACGAAUCCGAGUAUAUUCCGUGGCGCGUACCUUGGGACAAACAGCCAAGGCGCGAUAACGGCAAAGACAGCAGCAAGUGUAAUAGCCAACGUCUCCUUCGAGUGGCUUCGCUGAGCAGCGGUCUUGGUAAAGGUACCUGGGGAAUCACUAUUAUUCGCAUCGACUACAAAGCGCCCCAACAGCAGCUGAUCAACGCGCUUGCCUGUGUCAACGACGCGGUACAAAGAGAUUUGGGGGCCAGAUGGUCGUACUCACAUAGACGAGACGGUAUACUGCUUGAUGGCAUAGUACCACCUGAAGCCUGGCCGAUAAAGUUACUCGAAGCAGGCGCUGUACGACCCGCUGACGAACUGUUUGCCCGCUACUCUCUGGAGCUCCUAAGCAGAUACGAUGGUCUCAACGAAGCGUGUCCCGACACCGUACGCAGCAAAUUCCAAGACUGGAUAGUCCGAAUGCAAGGCAAUCCGCAAGGCGGUGAUAUGCGCUACGUUUUUGGCAUCAUUCUCGACGCCGACACGAUACAACAGCUUCACAGCAUCUGGUGUCAGCGCUCUAGGGUAGCGGCUGCCCAGACGCGAGUGCAGGUCCGUGUACUGGACGCGGCUCCCGGCGACGAAUGCAACGGCGUGUACAAAGUUUACCUGCGCGGGGCAAAUGGCCUGGUCAACUUCUCCAGGUUCGGCGGCCUUCACCAGCGCGACUCCCGCAGCGCCCUCUUCGAAGGCUACUCCGGCGGCGAUUCUAGCAGACGAGGCGGCAGCCCAGCGGGCGGCUACGGAUACCACAGCAGCAGCAACACCGGCAGUCCGUCGCCCUACAACAGCUACAGCGCCUACGGCAACCCGAAUAUCGGUCCAGGAGGAGGCGGCGGCGGCCCGCCGGGAGGCUAUCGAUCGGCGACGCCCAACCAAAAGGGCCAGUACAGCGAUGCGGUGCUCAACGAGCUCGAAAGCCAGAAUGAUGCGCAGGUCGCGGGGAUACUGGGCAAGGUGCGGACGCUGAAAGAUAUGACGGUAGCGAUCGGUGACGAAAUUCGAGACUCUUCUGCGCUCGCGGAAAAGAUGAAUGAUACUUUUGACCAGACGAGGCUGCGGCUGCGCGGCACCAUGAACAGGAUGCUGCUCAUGGCACAGCGCUCGGGCAUACCCUGGAAGGUCUGGCUGCUAUUCUUCCUGGCCGUCAUUCUGAUCUUUACCUAUGUCUGGCUGUUCUAG